CCGAUCUCAUCAUCUAAGAUACUCUCCCUCUCUCUCCCUACUUAUGGCUUCACCCUCACAUUAUGGCCUCCACUAGCAUCAGUUCAUUGCAUUGCCUUCCGUAGGCGCAAUAAGCCAUCGAGGAUGCCACAAACAUUUCUGGACCUACCACUGGAGCUUCUACCGGUCAUCAUGCAGCAGCUUGUCCGGCCUAGCCACUUCGCUGCGCUGUGUCUGGUCAACAACGCGUUCUACACAUUUGCAAUACCAUAUCUGUACGAGAGUGCAUUCAUUUAUGCUUGGCACAAGGAAGGGAAGGCAAAGGUAGUCAAGUUAUUCCGGACCCUUAGUACAUGUCCACACUUGGCUGAGCAUGUCCAGCGACUAGAAAUCAGGGAUUUCCCCAAGUCAUUUUACGUCGCUGAGCACGAAGCGACGCUCCAGCUCUGCCUCUCCGGCAUCAAGAACUGCGUCAACCUCCGCGCAUGCACCUGGACGCGCGACGGCUCGCUCACGACCGAGAUCCUCGAGGCACUCCUCCCGUGCGCGCACCUCGGGGAGCUCGAGAUCAACGGAAACCACGAGAAUCACUACGACCCGUGGGUGCUACGGAAGUUUACGCACUUGCGGCGGAUAUCGCUCAUUAUGCCGCGGCACGCGGUAAUCGAUGUCCUGCCGACGUGGACCAUGGCUACUGGGAGCACUCUGAGGCACCUGACUAUUCUAUGCAAGACUCCGGGGACGGUCAACGAUACGGCGUUGCAAGAGAUGGCCCCGAAUGUGCCCAACUUGGAACGUGUGUACAUCGCCGGCUGUGUCAAGGUGACGGAGCGUGGCGUGUGGGCAGUACUAUCCGAGAACACCCAUGGCCUACUCGCGCUCGGAAUGGAGGGCCUCUCGCCGUCGUUUGACAUGGCGAACUUCAGCGAUCUAUGCACACGGCAUAACGCAUUGGCACGCUUGCGCUCCAUCACACUGACAAUCGACGGCUCGCCGACGUGGAAGAAGGACGUCCUGUCCCUACUACAUCCCGCCCCGCUGGAGCAGUUCCAUAUCUCCACAAUCGGGGGGAACGUUGGUCCCACCUUGGGUGAGGAGUUCUGCAGCGCGAUCGUGGAUCGGCACGGAGCGCGCUUGAAGCGAUUCAGCGUGCACAGGAUGACUAUGAGCUUGGCCAACAUUGAGUACAUAUGUAGGAACUGUGGGAUACUGGAACAACUUUUCGUUGUAGUCGAACAAGGGUCUCUUAGCAAGUUGGGUCCGAUUCUCGCCCAAGCGAGGUCCCUGCGCGCCGUUCACGUGAACCGCCCCCUCGACCUUGGCUCAGAAGACGUGCCCAUGAUUGCGCGGGAUCAGAUCCUCGACAUCGUCAAGCAGAGUGGGCCGAGCCUCAUGCAGUUUGGCUACAACACGCGUGUCUUCCAAGUUGAGCGGAUCGUUCACAGGAAGGAGGAUGGUUCGCUGGAGGCGGAGACGCGGUUAGGCCCGUACGAGAGCCCAGAAGUUCCAGAACAGUUCCUCGUUGUCCGCACCUGAGCACUCUCGGCUCAUCU